UCGCUCAUCAGAGGGAGACGCGGGCGGGCGGGCAGGCGGGCGAGCCGGAGCCAGGCAGGGGCGCAGGUGGCCGAGGGAUGCCCGGGCAUGGCCGGCCGGCUCAGCCGCUGCACUCGCACCCGGGGGCGCGCAGGGGGCCGCUAGGCAGGCGGAGGGGGCCGGGGCUGGGCCGGGGCGCAGAGCCCGCCAGGGGCCCCCGCUGAACUCCUGGACCGGAGGAGCCGACAGGAACCGACUUUGGGGGAGGGUCUCUGGGCAGCUUCAGGAGGGCCGGGGGGCGGGUCAUGGGGUCGGUCCGCGUGGCCCGGUCCAUCUCGGGGCAGCCGGUUCCGGACUGCUGACCCCGCUGGGGGGGGGGCCGUCGGAGAGGAGCUGAGCGAGGCCAGGCGGAGGGGGGAGCCGCGGGCCGGGGGGCCCCGCCGGUGCGCCCCCAGGCAUGAGCGAUGGCGGGAGCGAGGCCGGCAGCCGAGCCCUCCUCCCGGAGGACCCCGCCGCGCCCCAGGAGCGGGCCCGGGCGAAGGAGAGCCGCGCGGCCCUGGGGGGGCCCAAGCUCCGAGCUGGGGGGGCCACAGCGGGAUUCAAGGAGCUGGCGGCCGGCACCUCCGCGUCCAGCCCGGGCUCCUCCCAGGAAUGCGCCCCGGACACCGACAGCCAAGUGGGCGCCGGCGAGGCGGAUUACUGUCGCCGGAUCCUGGUGCGAGAUGCCAAAGGAACCAUCCGGGAGAUCGUCCUUCCCAAAGGUUUGGACUUGGAUCGGCCCAAGAGGACCCGGACCUCUUUUACUGCCGAACAGCUCUACAGGUUGGAGCUGGAAUUUCAGCGUUGCCAGUACGUUGUGGGCCGAGAAAGGACAGAGCUCGCCCGACAGCUGAACCUCUCUGAGACGCAGGUCAAAGUCUGGUUCCAGAAUCGCCGCACCAAGCAAAAAAAGGACCAGAGCAGGGACUCUGAGAAGCGCACCACGUCCACCUCCGAGUCUUUCGCCACUUGCAACAUCCUCCGGCUCCUGGAACAAGGGAGACUCUUAUCUGUCCCGGCACCCCCCACGUUGCUCUCCCCGACUCCCAACCCGGUCCUCUCUUCGUCUGGCAAUGGGUCCUCCAUGGGAACAUCUGGAAACACCUCACCAGGGCUCAGCAGCGGGGGGAGCCCUCCCGGGACGGGGGGCUUCAGCCUGCAAAUCCCCACCUUGGCCUCCUCAGCUUCCCCACGGCUCCCCACGACCCCACUCUGUUUCAGUGGCCCACUGCUGGGAGGCCUGCAUGAAUUACCCAGCAGCUACGGACUGGGGACGUCUGCCUUUGAGCCUUACAUGCGGCUGGAGAGGAAAGACAGUACGAUACCCAGCAAGAAACCAAGUCCUUAAGUCGUCAUCGUCCUCAACGACGAUCACAACGAAGAGAACCGAGCUGAGCGUCAAAAGAAGGCCCUGAUCCACUCCCUCCCCCUAACCUCUUGUCCUCUCGGUCACACUGAAUUCCCAACCGGGGGCUUCUCUUUUGCAAAGACUGUUUACCAAAUGUCAAUGUGAUGUGUGCCUGUGUGUGGCUGCGUGGGUAUGUGUGAGUGUGUGUUCCUUUCACGGAAAUUAAAACAACUGCAGAUAA